AUGCCUGCUUCGCGCCCAUUGAGCUGUCUCUCUUCGGCGUUGGCACUUUUUUCCCUUGCGGGCACGCUGUUGCCACCAGUAUCAGCAGCGGGGAGAGCCAGCGCCACUAGCGGGGAGGGAUACAGACUGGGCGAGGAGAUCCCUGUAUCUUGUCUGAGCCGGACUAUGGAAGGCGAACAUAUCACAGAUGACCUAGGAAAACUCGAAUACAUCCCCUUCGCAACCUGCAAUGAGACAUCGCGCCCAUUAUCUCUGCACUACGGUACCUCCGAGACAAUAACAUGCACAAUCUCCUCCCUCACCGACUCGCUCUACCACCUCCUCGAAUUUUACGUCCACUCCGACGUCCCCAUGACCUGCCGCGUGCCCACAGCACCGCUAACCUCAUCCAAUACCGCACCCAAAGACCGCGCAGACACCGACCCUACGUCCGGCGAGGUCGACUCGCUCGCGGCGCUGAGCGAGAACGGACCACCUUUCACCCCGGUCACCAUCGCGCUGCAGGGCACCCUGCAGCUCAGCCACCUGCACAUCUGGACAGACAUGAACAUGCUCAUGCACAACAUCGCCUCGGAUGCGGCGGCGCAGCUGUCCAAGUCCCAGAAACAUGCCCAGUCCGGACAGCCUGGGUACGCGGUGGCCGGGACAGCGUACUCGACGCCCGAGUUCGAAGCUGCGGCGAAGAAGAUCUCGCUUGACGAAGACGAGGAGGCUGUGACAGUUGCGCAGGCUGCGCGGCAGCCGUGGACGGCGGGACAUGGGACUAAGGUUGUUCGCGGCGAGCCUCUGACCUUCUCAUUCCAUGUUGCGUGGAUUGAAGGCGGUGCUGGUAUUGGCUGGCCGGAGCGUCCUGCUUCGGAGUCAUUCUUGGAGAUGGGUGGUUCGGGGACGUCCCAGGGCUCUGGGGCUGGCUCGUUCAUCUCGCGGCUCUUUUUCUUUUUCCUGGCUGCUUCCGUUGGUGCCUUGGCUGCGUUGUACUGGGAGCGCAACGGUGGCCGGCUCCGCAGUCGCCAAGGCUGGCGUGGUGAUGGGAUUCUGGGUGCCCCGGUUGUGAAUGGGAAGGGAGCUGGUGUGACAUUUGGCAAUGGCGGGCGUAUCAAUGGAUACGGAGGGUACUCUGCUGCUACUACUGCCAAUGGCGCGGGAACUGGCGGUGGUGGAGGUACUGGCUAUGGAGGAUUUGUCAGUGGGAAGAGAGAUUGA